GACACAUGUAGAUGUACGUUAUGUUAGUAUCUAGUAGAAACUGGUGUUCCAACAGCCUACUCUGAGUCUAGGAACUGUGCCAUGAAGACAUUUGCUAGAUUUUCUGUGUUAAUUAUGUUUUUGUAUGUCUCUAUUCAAAUACUGUUAUUUAGUAGGGAUGUUUCCUAUCAUCCCGUCCCAAAUAUAUACAGGCGAUACAAUUUAAACAGUGGUGAAAACGGGAUAUACGACAGUCAGCUGGUUGGAAUAGGCUCCAGCGAACAUCCCAAAAGCUAUAAGGAAGUUAAACAAAGACAUUUGUCUAUAAAGGGCCAUCGAGAAAUCAGUUUCGCAGAAGAAAACAUUGUAGAGACGCUACCUGCAAACCAGACUGGUCGUCUGCUUGGUAUCAAGGCCGGGAAAGUGGUCAAAGUUAUUGGAAGGAAUGGUUCGAUAGAGUCGGAGCAGCGAAUUGGGAAAAGAUACCGUCUCAUAAGAAAACUUGGUGAAGGGUCAUUUGGAAAGGUGUUUUUGGGCACCGAUGUCACCAGCGGAGAAUCAGUUGCUAUCAAAAUUGAGGACACAGAGAUAACUCACCCAUAUUUGCACGAGGAGGAAAAGGUUUACAGAAUACUUGAAGGCGGAGAAGGCUUCCCUACUGUAAGAUGGAGCGGUAAAGAUGGGAGUUACAAUUUUCUAGUAACUGAUCUUCUCGGACCUAGUUUAUAUGACUAUUACCAUCUCUUUUUUAGGCCUGAUCAGAAGGAAGACCUACAGCAUAUGGCAAUAAGUGAUGCAGAGUUUGGGUUAGAUUCUAUAGCAGGACCGGAUGAUGGUGAAAAAGAAGAGGAAGACAGGGAUAGAUAG